GAAAUCACACCUAUUACCUAUAGUAGCUUCUUGUUCAGGCGCAUGGCAGCCCCAUUGAAGCGAGCAGAACGAUCCGGCACCAAAUCAGGGGGUCCCGAUUCAAGGCAAGCACUUGCAGUCCACGGUGGCUCAUGUGCAACCACUUGAUCAGAAGAUCAGCAUUCAAUGUCUCAGCAUUCUUUCGAAGCAGUUGUCAGGCCAGUUAUGGAUGCGCAAGACAUGGUAAGCAGGGGCCGUGGCGGUGUGGAGCGGGACGGGGCAAAAGCUGCUGUUAGCGGACAACAUACUCAAGGUCAAGGCGCGAGAGCAGCUCAUACGCCAGGUGCAGGGCAGAAACAGCAGGGGCGGCUGGGUGGCUGACCAAUGGGGCUGUGCAGACGCAGGCGGCUUGGCACCAGCGCUCCAUUGCCUCUGCCUGUCUGUCCUACCUCUUACCCACCACGUACUGCUAGCUGUACGCCAUCCCCAAACCGCUGUUUGAAGGGAUCCCCCCAAACUCAGAGUACGUUAUGUGUACAGCACGGCUCUUGAUCUGCCCGCCCCCUCCCUGAGGAGUUUAAUUAUGAUACAGCGGUGGUGCAUAUUCUGCUGGGGUCUAUUAGGGAGCCCUGCAGGGGGAUCCCGUCAUCGGAGCACGCAUCCAAGGUGGGGGUGCUCUUUGGUGCAAGGCCCUGAAGGAAUCGGCAGCCCCAUGCUGGCAGGCUGGCGAGGGAAUGGCAGGACGGAACGGCUGCUUGGGGCGAAUAUCAGAGGAACAACGACGGCACAGCAGGAGCCGCUCUUAGAACGGGGGGCAACUCACGCACAGGCAGCAGCGGCAGCCUCUCAUGGUGCAGAGGAGGGGCACAGGAACGAGGGCCCGCCGCUUACAACGGCGACCGAGAGCGCGUCCUCGGAUGUCACGCGCCGUCACCAAGCUGCCUGACCCGUGUUCAGAUGGACGCACCGCUAUGUGCCUAGCGGAUGGCACGGACAGAGCCAGCCAGGAUUGCAAGCUCAAGGCCGUCCAGCAGCGGCCACCGAAAAUUCACUCGCCCCUCAGGGUCGCACUCGAAACCUCCGGGCUCCCAGCGACCAUCACGGGUGCAUCGGUCCGCCAUUCGACAAACGAUGGUAGUUGCGAGUCAAGGGCCUGAACUCGUAUGUUCUUUGGUGAGCUCCACUUUAUAAGUUCCUACCUCGAGCUUGCAUACCCAACUUUCAUGCAUUAGCUGCUUGUUUUUGCUUGGAGGGCUUGAUUGAUCCCGCUAUAGAAGUCUGCUCGGCUCUUAGGCUCAUGUAUUGGGUCCAGAUAUGGGAGUUUUCCUCUCUCUCAAAAGCAGGCAUGUUCAAUCGUCUUAAAUCUUUUUCCUGAUUUAAAUCGAAGAGGCGACCACAAUCAUACAGGCUGUUCAAACAGCGUGACUCCCGAAGACGUUGCUUGCAAGUGUGCGGCCUGCCUAUAGAGCGUGUUCAGGAGAAUCUCGUGCAAGACGUUCUUAGUCGGAGUUUCUCGAAGAGCAUUGAUUUGAAUUAUGCUGAUCAAGUAGCAGCACUUCUAGCUAAACAUGUAUCCUUUGAUUCGAAGGACAACCUUGUCAUGCACCUAGCGGCGAUAAUAUGUAAGAAAGUUAGCAGGACGAGGCAGUAAAGCUUUAGGCUUGAUUCCAGAUGCUGUAAGUUCUUUGGGCUCCGGAGCACCAUGUAUUCUUCGUGCUUCCGAGCACUUAAUCCUUUGUCAAUGUUGUCGA